AGAAGCAAAUAACAGUAUGCCUUAUUUAUUCCAACUAAAGUGGCGAAUGUUGUAAACAAACAACUAACAGGAACUAUAUACGGAAUUUUCGCAAUGAUUAAACAAAAUUUUCGAGGGUACUCGUUCACUGUUUACAUCUGUUCCAUAUAAUAAUUCGAUUAAAAAUAGCUAAAGUGAUUAAUUCAACCAAAUAAAGUGAUAUGAGGUUAAAAGAAGAUUUCAAAAUAUAAACAAGAGACAAUAUACAAAUUAUAUUUAUGCAAAAACCAAUUGUUAACAAAACCUAGUGGCAAAUCAAUACAUAUAAAGAUUUGUAACAAUAAUAUAAGUGAACACAUAUAUGAAGUAUCUAAGUGCUUAAAUGAAUUAAAAUUAGUGAAAUAACAAAAGAACUGUAAAAAAUAAUUCAUUUGCUUUUAUACACUUAACGUCUUUCCUUGUGUUUAAAAUUAUCUAACUGGAUAGUAAUCAAAACUUUCGUCAUUGUCAAUAACUGAACGGUAGCCCCGGCGGACAGUGUUCAGACGCAGAAAUACAGUUCCUGUUUUCGAUCCUCAGCAGAGGCUUCUUUUUGUUAAGAAAAUAUUAAUUCUGAACACGUAAUAAAAUUGUGAAUAAAAACUUUACCUCAAAAAGUUAUUUACCAUCAUGAAUACUAACAAAUGUACAAAAUGUAAACGUUGUUUACCAAAAAAAGAAUUUCUGGCUUGUAUUCAAUGUAAAUCAACGUAUCACUUAGAAUGCGUUAAUGUUACUGUACAACGUUACUAUAAUACGAUGACACCGGAACGUAGAAGAUCUUGGAGGUGUGAUACAUGUUUAGAAAAAAGACGGAAAGCGAAUUUCGUUGCACAGGAUAAUAAUAAAACAAUUAUUUCUCCACAAGCCACUUCAAGUCCUAGAAGCUGUAAUCGUUUUUCUACUCCUCAAUCAAAAGAUAAUAUUGGAAUAAUCGAAAACAUAAGUACACAGACUAGAAACAUCACACACCGAAGAAAACACACUAACGUUGUGGUGACUGAGAAUUCGUUUGAAUCACUGUCGGUUGACUAUGAAGAGGAGGACACAAUACCUGAUUCUUCCCCUGAGUCCACUAAUGCAUUAAAUAGAAGUUGUCCUGAUAUAAGAUCACUAAACAUCACAGAAAGAGUGAAAGAAUUGGAGUGCAAAGUUGCAAACUUAACUGAAAAGUUGGCCUCUGCCGAACAGGAAAUUGUCAAUUUAUUAUCAGAAAAUGGCUCCUUAAAAGAGAUUAAUACCAGACAAGAAAAUAAAAUUUUACAAUUGAAAACAAUUUGUGGUUCUUUUAAAAAAACACCUUCUUCAAGGAUGCACAACAGCUCUAAACGUCGACAAUCAGGAAGCAGUGUAUGUAACAACUACAUAAAUCUUUCUACAGAUAUCUCUCCUCAGCAAAACGAUCCGGUAAAAGAGAUCAUAACGACGAAUGACCAGCUAGUUAUUAACUCACAAAUACUUAAUGAACGUAAACAUAAAAUUAAAAUAGUGGGAGAUGAUUCUCUUGCGGACGCUCUGUUAAAGAAAAUGCUAAAACUGGAAAAGUAUUAA